CUAAUUAAGAGAACAAUUGAUUCAGGUCAUUAAGACUCCAAGAUGGCAUGAAAAUCAGAAGACAAAACAGACCAGAAAUACACAUCAGUUUCCUUAAAGUCUGAUUGAUUUUGAUAUCCCGUGGCAAUACCUGACGUGCUCUGUGUGAAUUGUCUGCAAAGCCAUGGCAGAGUAUAUGGGGACUGUUCUAUAUCCUUAUCUGAUUCAUGUCAGUCUAAUGCUUUUUUAAAUCACAUAAGUCUGAUAGCAAAAAACUCUCUAUCUUUGGCAUAUGUGUAAUGUGUAAUAAGGGAUAUGUGUCUUAUUGUCACAUCAUUGCAAUUGAGAAAUGGAAACGUGUUAAGGCAGGUUCCUACUAGUUAAUUGCAUAGUCAUGGGUCCAUCUCUACAGGCUUCUUCCUAUUUAACCACCCAGGUGACAGAAGAGAAGAGAUCCUAGGUACUACCCAGCUAAGGUUAGGCUGUCCUGAGUCCUUGCCUGGAAUACUGUCACAGAACAAAACAUGAAGCAUUUUUCUCAAACUGGCCCUGAUCUGCUGGACAAUCUGCUAAAGCACCAUCCAAACUCUGUUAAUACUUGGCCCUUGUAUUUAAUGUGCUGUUUUAAGCGCUUGGUGUUUUGUUGUUGGUAGAAGGAUUUGAAAGACAAAUCAAAAUGCUUUGAGCUAAUCGCUGAACAGCAGGGUAUCUUUUGAAUCUACCUUCUGAAAGAGCUGCACUCCAAUCUCUGUGACGUCAUGUUUCUGCCUACAGUGAUUCAAACAGAGAGACUUCGCUCUGCUUAGGGAGUGGUACUGUGCUGUUUCUGCAGCCUUUCCCCCUGUGAAACUAAUCUGGUGUCCAAUUUCACAAACCUGAAAGUCUGCCUGGGAGAUGUGAGGAGUGGCUUGGCUCCUCUUUGAAAGCAGUUCACAGCCAGGAAUUAAAGCUCUCCUCAACAUGAGUCCUGCCGGGCUGUUCCUCCUCGUUUUCCUUCUCCUGUUCUGUGGGAGACAGCCAGUGCUGACCGGAAAUGUUCUGAUCUGGCCUGGAGAACACAGCCACUGGACGAACAUGAAAUGCAUUUUAAACGAGCUUAUAAACAGGAACCACAACGUAACAGUUUUACUGAGUUCUGCAUCACCUUCCAUCAACCAUACAGAAAACUACCAUUUUGAAGUUUUUGAAGUACCAUUUUCGAAGACGGAGUUAGCAGGGAUUUUAGAGGAGUUUUUUUACUUUUCGAUGUACGAAUCUACCUCAGCUUCCUUCGUACGGGUAUUUCUGAAGACCAGGGAACUAUUGGGGAAAAUGUUGAUUCUACAGAGGCAACAGUGCAACGCCAUACUAAGGAACAAACUCCUGCUUGACAAGCUGAGGAAGUCUCAGUAUGAAGUUCUUAUCUCGGAUCCAAUGAAUGCUUGUGGCGAACUUGUAGCGGACAGUCUCAAUCUGCCUUUCAUCUUCUCACUGAGGCUGUCAUUUGCUUAUACAUUGGAGAGGCUUUGCGGACAGAUGCCUGCACCACGCUCCUUUGUUCCAGCAGUGCCCCUUCAGUACACUGACAAGAUGAGCUUCACGCAGAGAAUCAAGAAUCUCCUGUUUUACCUUGCUCACGAUGUUAUAUUUUAUGUGUGGACGUUUAGUAACUGGAAUCAAUACUACAGUGAAAUUACAGGGAGGCCCACGACAUUCUGUGAAACCAUGGGGAAAGCUGACAUCUGGCUGAUCCGUACUUAUUGGGACUUUGAGUAUCCAAGACCCUUUCUUCCCAACUUCCAGUUUGUAGGAGGACUCCAUUGCAAACCAGCCAAGCCCCUGCCAGAGAACAUGGAAGAGUUUGUGCAGAGCUCGGGAGACGAUGGUAUUGUGGUAUUCUCUCUUGGAUCGAUGGUAAAAAAUCUCACCAGAGAAAAGGCAAAUAUUAUUGCUUCUGCUCUUGGACAAAUACCACAGAAGGUUCUAUGGAGGUACAGUGGUGAGAAGCCAGAUACCUUGAGUCCAAACACCAGAGUUUAUGACUGGAUUCCUCAGAAUGACCUUCUAGGACACCCAAAGACCAAGGUUUUCAUCACCCAUGGGGGGACCAAUGGAAUAUACGAAGCCAUAUACCAUGGGGUUCCUAUGGUGGGCAUCCCUCUGUUUGGUGACCAGCCCGACAACAUGAUGCACAUGAAAACCAAGGGAGCAGCUGUUGUCGUCGAUUUCAACAACAUGGAAUCCAAAGACCUUGUGGAUGCCCUCAGCACAGUGAUAAAUGACACGUCGUACAGAGAAAACGCCAUGAGGCUUUCGAGAAUCCACCACGAUCAGCCGAUGACGCCGCUGGAGAGGGCCGUGUUCUGGAUCGAGUUCGUCAUGCGCCACAAAGGGGCCAAGCACCUGAGAGUGCAGGCUCACAAUCUGGCCUGGUACCAGUACCACAGCCUGGAUGUCAUCGCCGUGCUGCUGGCUGCUACGGCAGCAGUGGUGUUCGUCCUCAUCAAAAGCUGCGGCUUCUGUUUCCGGCGAUGCUGCAGGAGGGCAAAAGCAAAACCCAAGAAGGAAUAAGUCCUGGUCACUGAGUGCUUCAUUUCACUUUCGGAUCCAAUCCGGGAUUUUUUUUCCAGUAAUCGGUGAAACCGCGAUUAUAAUCUUUAUAUAAGGGGUCAAUCAGUGGUAAGAUGCCAAAAGUUUGGAGUUCGUAAUGAGGUUCAAUACGUUCGAGUGGGGACUGCAUCUGUGUGCAAAAGAACAAGUAUGGGUUAAUUUUACAUGGAAAAAUACAAACACAAUAUUUAUGCUGCAAAGUGUUCUUCAGAUGUGAGGUGGUAGUCCUUCCACCCGAAGCGGCUCAACAGUCUAGACGCUAUGAUUCUACUUUCUACCAAACAGGUUCAAUGUGUACAUGUCUACGACACUUUGUGCUUUGAUGUGGCACCUCUGGUAUUCUCUGGAGAGAUUUCAGAGAUGUUUUUUUUUUAUUUCAAGUCGGUCUUAAACUCUGCAUGGAGUCCCAGCCUCUUCUACAGUACCUAUGGCUAUGAGACUGACCCUCGCCAAGCUGGGAUCAGAGAUCCCCAAUUCAGUGGCGAAACCAGUCUUGUGCAGGCAGAGUAGGGAAGAGACUGUUUCAUGCUCACCAAAACAGAUUAGUGCCCUCAGCUUUACAGUGGGCGUGCUAUUCUCAGGGGGAGGUACUGUAGCUGAGGCCUGAGAGAGAAGAGAAAGAAAACAAGUGAAUCAGCUAAGAUUUCCUAGCUAAGGUGCAGGCCUGGAUGGGAAAGGGUAGUAGCAUAUGAAUCAGUCCAGUCCAAGGGGUGUGGAAUACUACAAAACCUAAAUACUCAAUAAACCUGCCUAAUUCUUGAGUGUUGUUAUUCCCCCUGAUAGCACUUGAAAGAAAAAUCAUCUGUAAAUUAUAAUAUAUCACGUACUGUAGGCAAGAAAAAGGCUAGGGAAACAAGCAUAGAAAAACUGACUUACAAACUACUAUAUUUUAAAACUGGGAACUAUUAACAAUGUGCCAGUUGAGGUCAGGUAGAAUCCAACCAGUCUCCGUGUUUACAUCCAUUAUUAUGGGUAACCCAAUGCAUAAGUUGCAAUAGAUAAAUGUAAUGAACUGUAGUGUAGAUGUUCCUCAUAAAUGUGAUGUUUAAAUAUGCACAAUUAUGGUGCAAGUCAUUUUGACUAAAUGAACAGAAAGCUGCAGCACAUUGCUUCAGCUUUUCAAAUUUAUUACACUACAAAGUAUGCCUUUAGAAUUCCAAACAUGAUUAAGUGUGUAAUUGUCAUUAUUCCAAAUAGAUGUUCUGAAUGAUAUGUGUAUGUGCAGCAUACAGUAUCUUUAUUUUUGGUGUUAACAUGUAGACAGCUAUUCUGAAUACUACUCUCAUUGAUAAUGCCCUGUAGAACGUUGGUUAAUUUUGAAUGUCACUAAAAAAUAGUGUUAAUUUAUAUGUUUCUGAUGUGAGUUAAAUUAACUUUUUUCUCCUGUUUAUUUCCACCUGUUUAUUAUGCAAUUUUUUUGUAUUUUGUGGAUAAACUGCAGAAUCUUUUACACUUUUGUUUAUAUCCACAUUCUCGUGCUGUCUACAUGUGGAAAGGAAUGCUGAGAGCUGAUAUGUUAAAUAUGGUAUUCAUUUGGUUGAUUGGUAUGAUACAAAAUAAUAACCAUAUUAAAUAAAUUUGUAUAUAUUGAUUUAUGUAAUGUUUCAGAAAUAUUAUUGAAUUAUUAUUGUUGUUUUUUAUAUACAUACAACAAAUAACUUUUGUAAUUUGUCUGUAUUGAUAAACUAUAUCUUGAGAUUAAACCUGAAUUUUGAAAGCAAUGCUUAUAUUAAUAGAUGAAAAGGUUGUUUUCAAUAAUUAAGAAUCAAACAUCAAAGUCAGGGUAAACUUGAAUAACUGAAUUCACAAAGAGCAGUGAUAGGCUUUAAAAUUAAUUAGUAGUUAGUAAUUAUCUAACUACUCUCUAGAUCCUAUUACUACUGAAAUGUUAUGGGGUGAUAGCAUGUUUAACCAACAAAAAUGCAACUGGAGAGGAUUAGGACUGAAAAGGCAAAAAACACUGUGAACAGGCUUCAGCACAGAAGAAAUGUGGUCAAGAUGGAGUAGGAAAUUUGUGUUGAGAUGCAUGUGCAAUAAAAGUAAAGUAAAAAAGCA